GUGACCGGAGCGGCGAGUCGGUGCCGCCCGGGCUGCGCUUCGCCCCGGCAGCUUUGGAGGCGAGGGCGCCCGUGGUUCAGGAUGCGACCGGGAGGCACGCUGUUCGCCCUGGUAGGCAGCCUGAUGCUGCUGCUCCUCCUGCGUCUGCUUUGGUGUCCGGCGGACGCGCCUGCCCGCUCCAGGCUGUUGGUGGAGGAAAGCAGAGGGGACACCGGUGGUACCUCGGCCGCACUGAGGACACUCUGGAGCCCCACAACCCCAGUACCACGCACCAGGAACAGCACAUAUGUGGAUGAGAAGACACCACAAAUGACAGAGAAGUGCAAAGACCUGCAGUAUAGUUUGAACUCUUUAUCUAACAAAACGAGACGGUACUCUGAGGAUGAUUACCUCCAAGUCAUCACGAACAUACAGAGAUGCCCAUGGAAACGGCAAGCAGAAGAAUAUGACAAUUUUAGAGCAAAACUGGCUUCCUGUUGCGAUGCCGUUCAAGACUUCGUGGUUUCCCAGAACAACACUCCAGUGGGGACGAACAUGAGCUACGAGGUGGAAAGCAAGAGACAAAUCCCCAUCCGGGAAAACAUUUUCCACAUGUUGCCAGUGUCGCAGCCUUUUGUGGACUAUCCCUAUAACCAGUGUGCAGUGGUUGGCAAUGGGGGAAUUCUGAACGAGUCUUUCUGCGGAGCAGAAAUUGAUAAAUCUGACUUCGUCUUUAGGUGUAACCUCCCCCCAAUCACAGGAAGUGCUAGUAAAGAUGUUGGAAGCAAAACAAACCUUGUGACUGUGAAUCCCAGCAUCAUAACACUGAAAUACAAGAAUUUGAAGGAGAGAAAAGCAAGGUUUCUGGACGAUAUUUCUACUUAUGGAGAUGCAUUUCUUCUCUUGCCAGCCUUUUCCUAUCGGGCCAACACUGGCAUCUCUUUUAAAGUCUACCAAACACUCAAAGAAUCUAAAAUGAGGCAAAGGGUUCUCUUCUUCCAUCCCAGGUACCUGCGACACCUUGCUCUUUUCUGGAGAACUAAAGGGGUGACUGCGUACCGCCUGUCCACGGGUUUGAUGAUCGCAAGCGUUGCGGUGGAACUGUGCGAAAAUGUGAAGCUCUACGGAUUCUGGCCUUUCUCUAAGACUGUGGAAGAAACCCCUCUCAGUCACCACUACUAUGACAACAAGCUUCCUAAGCAUGGUUUCCACCAGAUGCCUAAAGAAUACAGCCAAAUGCUCCAGCUCCACAUGAGAGGCAUCCUCAAACUACAAUUCAGCAGAUGUGAAACUGCUUAACAUUUCUUAGGAUAAGGAUGAUUUCAGUAGCUGGAGUGGGUGUGUCACAGCAUCUCCAAACGCUGAUGGAGGAAGGUGUGGAGAAUGGAGGAUUACAGAAGAGCUCCCCCACUUGGCUAGACCAAAGCCCCCCCCAGGAACUUUGCAGCCUCCAUGAGUCACUCAUUCUCAUCUUCAAUGUUCUUUCUCUGAGAAUGGAGAUCACAAUAUCAGACUCUGUUAAGUAAAAUGAAAUCAUUUUUCAAAUUGGCGUAGAAUUUGAGGCAGGGACUCAAGGAAUGCUUCCUUGUUCCUAUCUGUGAUAGCCGUUCCCACCUUUAUCAGAGUGGUAAUGAAACUGUGUGCAAUUGUGCCAAAGACCCUUUCUGAAGAGAAUGUCUGAAUCAUGUGCUGAGUUCUUAUGCACAGCUCUUUCCUUAUUAAUAAAUCCUUCCUAUUCUUCCUCCUAGUAGAGUACAGAAACAAAACACCCUUCAUGAUUCAGGAAGAACAAUCUUUUUUACUUAGCAAUGUGCCUGCUUCUGACUCAGUUCACUUGUGAUGUCAGCGGGGUUAAGGUGUUGGUUGGAUUUGGGGCAUUUCUGGCCUCUUUUGACUGUAUUUUCCUUACCUUGAUCAGUUUGUACUCGAACUUACUGCUUUGGGGUUCUGCUUUUUUUUUCUCCCUCCCACUGACAGGAUCUACUCAAUGGCAUAAAGUAGUUCAAAUAUCCACUGCUUCUGACACAUUAUCUACCCAUGAAGUGACUCAUCUGAUUUUUUUUUUAAAAUAGUGAGCAUCUACUUGAUAUCAGACACAAGGACCAUCCUCUAUUGGAGAAUGUGAAGAUAUUGUCACUGGCAGAAAGGCAUGCAGGUGUGGACCAUUAAUUGAUAAGAUACCACAAGUGUCACCAUAACAAUUAUGAACACAGUGCUAGAAGGAUCAUAGCCAGGGAUGGUUAAAUCUGAUUCCAGUAGAAUUGACUUCAUUGUAUCUAUUUCAGGGAAGAGUUGGUUUCACAAUUAAAACUAGAAAAUGAAGCCAGGCAGGGGUGACCCAUGCCUUUAAUCCCAGCACUUGAGAGGCAGAGGCAGGCAGAUUUCUGAGUUUGAGGACAGCCUGGUCUACAGAGUGAUUUCCAGGACAGCAAGGGCUAUACAGAGAAACUCUGUCUUGAAAAACAAAAAAAUAAAAAAUUAAAAUUAAAAAAACUAAUUCUUAGCAAAUUAAGUGGAUUCUGGAUAAAAGAAACAGAACAGGAGGAGAAAUCUGUUCCCUUUGUUCCAAUUAACCAUUUGAGUAUGCUGAAAUGUGAGGCUGCCCUAAAAUCUCUGUGUAGGGAGAGAGUACAGAGCAUGGGGGUGGCAGCUGUUGGUCUCUGGUGAAGAAAUGUGAGUAAUUCAGAGCCAAUCACUUCACAAGGAAGGCUUAGGAUGGAAACACCUAACACAUUCUUCCAGGGAAAGAUGAAUUGUUUUCAUGAGAAAUUACACUCAUAAGCUAAGUAUCAGUUUUGAGUAAAAUUUGAGUAGAUGCAAAAUAUGAGCAUUUUACACCCCUUCCUGCUGUCCACUGACGCCCCUUGAUGUAAGCACAUUUAUUAAGUUAUUUGACCUACUACAUAUUCAUGUGUGUAUAUUCUGUUCAUCUGUGGAUGUUCCCAAGAAAUAGGAGUAUAGGAGAUGAGGUCUACAUAGCAAGGAAACUAUAAAUUUCACUCUUUAAUUCUUACCUGAGCCAGCUUGCUUAUCACAUGCUCUUUUGAAGAGACAUUACCCUGUGAAUUCUUCAUUCUGAUAAAAUGUCACCUUGUAUUUGACAUUUGUAAUGUUGCUUCAAGUUUACAUCUCUUUCAUUCUUUUAUAGCAAAUCAAACUUAUUAGCUUUAGAAAUAUAUCAGAAGUUCAUAUAUAAAUAUU